AAUAACUGAAUUCACAAAACAAUUCACUAAUCAUUAGUUUACUUCAAAAACAACCAAAAAGUUUUGCGCAAACUUUUGCGGACAUCAGUGUCGGUGACAAAGACAUCGGCCGCGAAGACAUCGGACACCGACUGCCGGCUGAGCGAGUGAUUGAAGACCUAAUUGUCUGGAGACAUGUCGACCACCACUGCGUCGACCGGCGAGGAUGUGUUGGCCACCAAUGGGCUGACGCUUGUGGUUAAGUGGAGUUCCCAGGAGUACACCAUCGACUCGGUCACCACCGAUGACACGGUUUGCGACUUCAAGAACGCUAUCUAUAAGAAGACUGGUGUGAAGCCCGAGCGCCAGAAGCUCAUGGGUCUGAAAGCCGCCGGAAAGCCGGUGACGAACGACACGCCACUGUCUAAAGUGGACAUCAGAUCCAAUAUGAAGAUUAUGAUGAUUGGCAGCAAAGAGGAGGACAUCGCCGGCGUCGACCUCUCGCCGCAAGACAUACCGCAAGUGGUGAACGACUUCGACAUCGGCGAUGAGGUGGAGAUGGGAAACAUUCCCAUUCAGAAUAGGGAAGAGUUUUUGGCAAAAGUCGACAAACGGGUCAAAGAGUAUAAGAUUAAGAUGUUGUCCGAACCCAGGAGUGGCAAAAAGCUAUUGGUUCUGGACAUCGAUUACACGCUUUUCGACCACAGAUCAACCGCUGAGUGCGCGGCACAACUCAUGCGACCAUACCUUCACGAAUUCCUGACCACCGCUUACGAGGACUACGAUAUCGUCAUUUGGUGUCCUAUUGACUCGUUUUGUGUUUGCAUUAUAGCGGCGACGGGUAUGAAAUGGAUUGAAGUGAAAAUGAGAGAACUCGGGGUCGAGAAGAAUACCAAUUAUAAGAUACUGUUCUAUUUGGACAGCUCGGCGAUGAUCAGUGUCCACACACAGAGAUACGGUUUAGUCGACGUCAGCACCAGAAUCGUAAUCAACGCAAAUGUUAGACAUAAUUCAAACGAGAUAUUCAUCUCAAGACAUACGUCGACUAAACCGUAUCUCUGUGUGUGGACACUGAUCAUCGCCGAGCUGUCCAAAUAG